UCGACCGUUCAAAAUGGCGUGUUUUGUGCCCUGUGCUGAAAAAUGACACUUUUUUUUCAUGUUGGUAGGUGUUCGUUUCUGGCAGAGGAUGUUUGCUGUUCUGUGUUCUGUAUGUUUCCUAUCGACUAAACGUCACACAGCUGCAGGUCCUUCUGACCCCGUGUCCAAUACGCAUCGUGUUCAGGCAUUUCGGCAACUCAACAACAUAACAUGAAUUGCAGUUCGAUGUCCACCCGCUGAAGAUUUUCUUGCACGGCAGUCAUGGGCAGUAGCUGUUCAUCUUCGCAAAAAAAGGACAAGGAGCGUUCGAAGAAGAAGAAAAAGGGCAGAUGCUCCCCUGAGGGCAGACGACGCAGUUCGGUGAAAUCGACAGACAGCCUUCCCUAUGGAAAGGACUCCACUCCACCGCAAGAGCGCAGUGGCAUUGCAUCGGCUACUGCGGGAGAUGGGGCCACGGAAGCUGUGGCGUCGGCCCCAGUCAACAUCACCAGCCCUGCCGCAGUGCAGCAUAAUGGGGAAAAUGUUGCUUCACCUCCAGCUCAUGUUAUGAGCCCGGCACAGGGAAAUGAGGUGCCCCUGGAUGAUGGCCUGCCCAGUUUACAGUCGUCCUUCCCAGAAGAUGUUCACGAACUCCUGAUGGGGCACCUCGGGGAGGAUGAACCCUGUGGCAGCCAUGGAAGCCGCCUCAUCAGUCUUUACGUCUGCUCGGGGCUCCCCGAUAUGGAACUGGAGCGCAGUCACUUGACAGAAAGGGUGUACCCACAAGUACGGACCUAUUGUGCCGAACGAGGCUGCGACUUCAACGUUGUGGAUCUUCACUGGGGUGUCAAUACGGAUGGUUUGGAUAGGGUGUUCCUCACUGACCUGUGUCUGGGGACCAUCUCUCGUUUGCAGAGAGAAGGUCAUUUCCUGGUCUUGGUCCUCCUAAACGAAAAACUAGAGCACCCGCUCCCACACAUACUGCCUUCGAGUGUGCCAAGCGCAGACUUCACGGCGGCGGUAGAAUCUUUUGAGUCGACAGACCUCAGGGACCUGCUCUUGUCGUGGUACGUGAAGGACGACAACAGCGUUCCUCAGUGCCAUGUACUCCGUGCAAUAAGGGAGCGCAUCCCAGACAUUGUAUCAAACGAUCCUGGGGUGAGGACAGCUGCUGUCGAAAGGUGGCAGAAGGAGGCAGGAAUGAUGUUAGAUGCAUUCAGGUCCACCUUCACAGUGGAACAACGUACAACUCAUUUGCAAUCAGUGGUAGAACAAGAGCUCCAGGCAGCUGUGAUGCCCGAGUGGCAGAAGCCCAUUCGGUGCCUUUGGAUGGAGCGUCGUUUCACACAUCGAGGUCCCCAGCGCAGCAACAGUGUGGUGGGUGCUGUUGUGGAAUCAGAGGCACAGCCUUCCACGAUUGAUCUGUCAGAGUCCAAGAGGUACAACGUUUUGCGAGCACAGCUGGAAGAUCGCCUCCCAGAGUCCCAGAAACUGGUGGUGAGGGUGAAGUGGACCAAAGAUGGCAUCAAUACCAAAGAUCAUGCAGAGUACCUGGAUGAAGUGUGCGACACACUGCUGAAGGAAUUUACCAACAUGAUAAGCAGUGUGCUUGAGGAUGACUUGGCAGAGGAAACCAACAGACCAUGCAGGGGCAUUGAGGAGGAUCUCCAUUUGGAACUUACACAGCAAAUGAGGGCAUGCCGGUUGCUUUCCAGCACUUUUGCCGGACAGGCAGAGGCUCUAGAAAUGAUACACAAGUAUCUCAAAGGAGAAGGAUCUCACCCCCUUGUUGUGCAUGGACCUUCUGGAUGUGGCAAAAGUGCCCUAGUUGCACGAGCUGUUCAGUUAUGUGAGCAAUGGCUGCCUGACACUCCAGUGGUUGCUCGUUUGGUGGGCGUAUCACCGUGCUCUUCUACGCAGCACCAGCUGCUGCGCAGCAUCUGCGAGCAGUGCUGUGCACUUUAUGGAGUUCAUCCCAUCAGUGCGUCUAGGAGCAUUGAGGAGCUGAAGGAAAGUUUGGGAGAGCUGCUGGACAGGGUGUCUGCACAACGACCACUUGUACUCUUCAUUGAUGCCUUGGAUCAGGUGUUGGACUACAGCUCAAGGCUUCUUGACUGGUUGCCUGCUGAGUUGCCGCAGUAUGUUAAGCUUGUGCUUACAAUUGGUGACGGCUCAAAAGAGUUUCUUGAACUUCAGAACAAACUGAAAGACAAACAGCACUGCUUCCUGCCCUUGGCAAAGUGUUCCGUCGAUGACAGCAAGCAAAUCCUCAGGGAGAUGCUAGAUAAGCACAACAGGCUGCUCACAUCAAAGCAGCACGACCUCAUUCGCUCAUACAUGGCACAAACGCCGACACCGCUCCUAGCGAGUUUCAUCUCUAAACAUGCCAUUCACUGGCGCAGCUGCGACACCACCGACAAAAUAAUUAAGCGAACAGUCGAGGAAAUUGUGUCCGAAGCAUUUGCCCGUACAGAGGAGCACGUUGGACCUAAAGUGGUUUCUUUUGUUUUGGGCCUCCUCUCAUCGUCUCGCCACGGCCUCUCCGACUCCGAGCUCGUAGACAUCCUCUCCUGUCAGGACGCACUGCUCGGCUCUGUGCCUAUCAUAAAUGGAGAAAGAACAGUGCGACGUUGCCCAUUUGCUGUUUGGGCCAUCAUUCGUCAAAGUUUAUGUUCCUUACUCAAGUCCCACAUUGUAGGGGGCAAUGUGUUGACCACCUGGCGAGGGGAAAUGUAUAGAACACUGUGUCUUCAGCGGGUGAACGACGAGACUGUGCAGACGUGCAGGAUGGUGCUGGUCGACUACUUCCAAUCACAUCCUGCCAGUGUAGCCUCCUGCUGUCUGCUGGAUCAGCCCAUGAUGUUCAGCACAUUCCCGAAUCGGAGAAAAUUGGAUGAGUUGCCUUAUUACUGCAUCCAGCUCAUGAAGCUCGUCCGCGACAAGGUGAUUUUGGAUGUGAAGCCACUUCUCUCUCGCCUGCACGGGACCGUUGCCAACGGCCCGGCGGAUGCCGAAGACGAUUCGGGGGAACUUUUGAACCAGCACGUGAGGGAACAGUUUUUCUUCAAUGCUGAUUGGCUCCAGUGUAAAGUUCAGGGUUCGGACCCUCAGAUGCUGUUGGAAGAACUGGACAUGUACCUGGCUCUUAACCCGUCUGACAUGGAAUGUGCACUUUUGCGCGAUUUGAUUCAGCUCUGCAGUUACGCUUUCCGCUACGAUGGCCGCCAGUUCUCGGCACAAAUCUCUGCACGUAUGGGCUCCAUCAUGGCAAAUGAGAACGAACAUCAGAAGUACCCUCGACUUAAGGCACUCUAUGACAAUGCCUGUCGGUCAAUGAAAUCUAGUCUGGUUCCCGUAACAAAUCACUUGCGAGAACCUCUGGCGCCGCAGACUGGUAGCUCUACACCUGACGAAGAGGCACCUUCUUUAGGCCAACUUUAUCCCAUUAAAGGUGAAGCUGCACACAUGGUGUCGCUAGUGCGCAAUGAAAUGGUGGUAUGGAAUGUGAUAGAAGAGAGACGGGUGCGACGUCUUGUUGGGGUGACUGAACCGCGGGACCUGAAAAUGGUUGACCGGUACCGUGCAUUAGUGCUAUGUAAUCGUGAGCUCAAAGUGUACUCGUUGGAUGAAGGAAGACUACUUGUUAAAUUGAAAGGUGUAAUGAACCAAAAAAUGGCCUAUUUUGGGCUGCACAGUCAGGACUACGUGGUGGCUCUCUCGAGGAACAGGAUGUAUGUCAACAUGCUCAACCUCAACAGUGGAGACCUAGAGACUACCUUCAAAGUUGGAGAAGAUAGGUUUCUGAACAGCUUGCUUGUGAGCGGGAAUGGCAAGAUCUGUGUCUGCGGUGACGAGACUCAGAAGCCUUUCCCCCUGCUAGUCUGGGACCUGGCCAGCCGAAAACUUCUGUACGACUUGCGUAUCCCUCACCACGAAUUCCUAACACGUCUCUCUGCCAUCAGUGACGACGGCCACUACGUCGUCUGCGUAUGCCGUGAGCUCAGUGACAGCUCUCCAAACUUCAUCAUUGUGUACGACCUGCAAAGUGGGACACUUUUCAAGAAGUGGAAGCCUGAACGAAAUAGCUGCAGCAUUGCCAUUUCAUCGCAAGGCGGCUGUGUGGUCAAUGGACUAGACAACUGCUUUCUGCUGAUAUGGGAUCUGACAACUGGAGCCCGCAGGUACACACUGAGGGGUCAUAUAGCACCUGUGGAUCAAAUCCGCUUGGAUGAAUCUGGUUUCAAGGCACUUACAUACAACUCGAAGGGUAUUGACCGCAGUAUCAGGAUCUGGGAUGUCAUGAAAGGGGAGUGCUUAGCAGUGUUCACUCCGGACCUAGCCAUCAGCUGCUGCGAGCUUACCCUUGACGGACGUGCAGUUGCCAUGGGUCUGGAGAACCAUGAUGGGGUCUACUGCCACAUCCUAUGCCAGGAGGGACAGACACUUGCAGAGGCGCGCCCUGCACUACAAGUGUUUGGAAAUCCAGCCCAUGGCGGCAAUACGUUUGACGUCAGUGAGCAGGGCUGAUCACAGUGAUACAAAAAAAAAACUAGCAAAGUACUAUAAUGUAUUGCUUGAUUCUGAACUUUUUCCUUCUUCUGUUUUGCUUACACCUCUCUGUCCAGGAAUGCAUUCACAGUUUGGAUGUUGA